CACAGGUUAGAAGGCCACUGAUUGGCUAAAAUGGUCAUAGCUAUGAGUCAAUUGGAUAUUCUUUUUGGGCCAUAAUAACGUAACCGGUUGUCCGGUGUCCACUUGAUGAAAUCAGCGGAUCACAGAUAAUCAUGGCAGUGUCAGCAGAUCACAUCCGGGAGAAGCUUAUUAAGGAGCUCGAGGCAGUGCAUGUGGACGUAGAGGAUACCUCACCGGAAAGAUGUGCAGCCAGCUUCAAAGUCCUAGUGGUGUCGGCGCAGUUUGAGGGGAAAUCGUUGUUACAGAGACACAGGAUGGUGAACAUGUGUCUAGCAGAAGAGCUGAAGGCAAUCCAUGCGUUUGAACAGAAGACCCUCACACCAGAACACUGGGACAAGAUGAAGCAACAGGACAUUCACAUCUCAGAUAUGCAGCCAUAUUUUGUCUUCAGAAACCUGUAAAAAGCUUUUAUACUCAGUGAGUUGCAUGCUUAAAGGGUCAUAAAUAUUUAUGUCAAAUUACCCUGCAAUAUAAAUCACAUCUGUUUAUUCACUGGUAGGUAUGGGGGUAGAGAAAUAUUAAUAAGUGGAGGUAGAUGCUCUGCCUGUGGAAUAUGAACACCACAUUUGUUAAGCUAUUUCUAAAGUUUUGUUGUGUUUUAUUGCACAAUGACAAUAAAGUGAUCCUGAUUCUAAAUGCAGAGAAACUCCGGACCAAGACCUGAACCCAGACAGUAACUGACUCACCAUCCAACCCACGGCUCAUAUGUUAAUAUAUGUUAUCUUACCAAGCAUCACUGGAGAGAUUCUGGAUGCAGAAGUAUUUAUUCAUAAUACUAAAACAUACUUCCUGUUUGCUCUGUUACUGCUAGCAGACAAUAAAUUGUACUGGAAACAGUAAGUGCAGCUCUAUGGAGCUGUCGGUAAGGCCGAGUGCUUAAAGCUCUUUACCAAAGUGCGACUUGUUCAACCCAUGUCCCAGCUGAUGGUAGAUCUUCCACUGUGAAUGUGAUGAACAUUAGUGAUCCCUGCCAGAAACUAAAUAACUACAUGAGGCGGACCCCCUGCUGAGACUCAGGGGGCUCAGAAAGCCAGUAGUCGCUCAGUGAGAUCAGUUGGUGGUGGCUGAGCUAAUGGAACCAAACUGAUUCAGUCAAUUCGCUGAUUUUCACCUCAGUGCUGAUGUGGCUGUUUGUGUUGGAUGAAUGCAACCAGCAGGUCCUGCAGAGAGCCCAAGCAGUUUCAUUUAAUAUCUGAGACAACGGCAGGGCUGCUUUAUUGAUUUAUUGCUCUCUAACACAUAAUA